AUGGCCGAACUCUCCCUGAAUUGGAAGAAGUUAAGUUCCAAGAUCAGUAAACCUAAAACAAAGAAGAAAACGACAACUAAACUUACAUCCAAUGCAAAGAAGGUGAUAUCUAAACCAACCAAAGUAGAAACUACACCAAAACAAAUAGAACCAAAGUCUGAUACAGUAACUAAUACUGUCAGCCCUAUAGAAUAUGCCCUUUGGACAAAAGAACACAUCACUAAAGAAGAUCUUCCGUCUGCACCUGUUGCAUUAACACAUACCCCUUCAUCAGCACGAAGGAAACAAGAACCAGGUAAGUACAUUGCCAUUGAUUGUGAGUUUGUUGGAGUAGGAGAUGAUGGGGAACGGUCUGUGCUUGCCCGUGUGUCAAUUGUUAAUUUCUAUGGGCAUAUCCUUAUAGACGAGUUUGUAAAACCUCGAGAACGAGUAACUGAUUGGAGAACUUGGGUUAGUGGAGUUACUUCAAAACACAUGCAUGAUGCUAUUACUUUUGAAGAAGCGCAAAAACGAGUAGCCGAUUUGAUCAAAGACAAAAUUGUGGUUGGGCAUGCUGUGCAUCAUGAUUUGGAUUCCUUGUUGUUAAGUCAUCCUGGCUGGUUAAUUAGAGAUACUACUUCAUAUCCUGCAUUUAGAAAGAUUGCAAAUGGUAGAAGCCCAAGCUUGAAAAAGUUAACUGGGCAUUUCUUGGGGGUGGAUAUCCAACAGCUGAGUCACAGUUCAGUAGAAGAUGCUAGAGCAACAAUGUUGUUAUUCCGCUUACAUAAAAAGGACUUUGAGCAACAUUUAAGAAACAGACAUAGAAAGGUUUCAAAUAAGUAA